CUGCCAUACUGAUUUAUUUGUUUAGAUUUUUUUUUGACUGCGUAUAAGGAGAUUCUUUGCUUCAAUUGCUACCUAGCUUUAAUCACUGAAUGGGUGUUGCCUCAUUCAGACUGAGACCUGUUGAAGAUCGUAGCUAAAAAAGGCCCCGGUCUGGACGCAGGAGGCUCUGGAGGGUAAAGUGAGGUAGUGACCUUGCCCAGCCCUCCCUCACUGAAAUCCGGUUCACAUGCACGUCACGGCAUCCCCUCCCUGAUGUCAUGAUCCUCUUGGAGAACCAAGGACAACAAGUCACUGGAUUGCGGAGUGCAGUAGGGAAGGCUGGGAAGGCAGGAGAGGGACCCUGGAUUAGGUUUCUGGAGGUAAUGGGGGCCCUACAAUUUGGCAGGUGUAAACAGCUCAGCAUCCUAGCUCGGUUUCCCCAUUCCUAACAGAUGCGUGUGUUGCGCGGAUGGGAGGGGAGCUGGCACAGAGCCAGCUCGGCUCCAAGAGGGAGCCGCCCUUCCUCCCUUCCUCCCUCCCACUCACUCACACGCUCCAGAAUUCCCCAGAGCUCCAGGGCCACAGAGCCCCGCCCCCAGGGCGGGGCCAGAUCUAGUCCCUCCCCCUUACAACUGCGUCACUUUGCCCCACCCCCUUCGUCACUCACUCGGCUCGCGAGCUUCGCCAGGAGGCGGGAGCCCCGGCCUGUGGGCGGGGCCGGCGACGGGGAAGUUUGUCCCCGGUCGCGCGCCGUCCAUGGCCAGAGCGCCUGCGCUUCUCCGGUGGCGGCAGCCGGGGACGGAGCCGAAGCGUGAAGAGGAGGCGGCAGCGGCGGCGACAGCGGCAGCGGCAGCGGCGGCGGGAAGCAGCGGAAGGCAGGAGACGGCCCAGGCUCGGCCUCGAGGAAUGGCGUUCCGGCAGGCACUGAAGCUGGCGGCUUGCGGGCUGGCGGGGGGCUCCGCCGCUGUACUCUUCUCGGCCGUGGCCGUGGGGAAGCCGCGCGGAACGGGCGCCUCGGACGCGGAGUCCCGGUGGGCCAGCCCGGAAGCCCCGACGUGGGCGGAGCGGGUGCGCCCCGGGCCCACUCGCGGUGUGUGGGACAGCAACUGGGACAAGCGAGAACCCCGGUCACUUAUCAACUUGAGGAAAAGAAGCACAGAAACUGGUGAGGAGGAGAUAACAUCCAAACUUGAUAACCUCAAAGCCAGAGCCACUCGCCACAUCUUCCUGAUCAGGCAUUCCCAAUAUAAUUUGGACGGCUCCCUCGAUAAGGAUCGAACUCUGACUGAAUUGGGUCGUGAACAGGCCGAACUGACUGGUUAUCGAUUAGCCAGUUUGGGUGUGAAGUUCGAUAAAAUUGUGCACUCUUCCAUGACCCGGGCCAUAGAAACAACUGACAUCAUCUCCAAACACUUGCCGGGAGUCAAUCGAGUCAGCACUGACUUGCUACGGGAAGGUGCUCCCAUUGAACCCGACCCUCCUGUAUCUGACUGGAAGCCAGAAGCCCGGCAGUAUUACGAGGAUGGCGCCCGUAUUGAGGCUGCAUUUCGGAACUUCAUCCACCGUGCAGAUGCCAAGCAGGAGGAGGACAGCUAUGAAAUCUUUGUGUGUCACGCCAAUGUCAUCCGCUACAUCGUCUGCAGAGCACUACAGUUCCCUCCAGAAGGCUGGUUGCGGAUGUCCCUUAAUAAUGGCAGUAUAACUCAUCUGGUAAUCCGUCCAAGUGGAAGGGUGGCACUAAGGACUCUGGGGGACAGUGGAUUCAUGCCCCCUGACAAAAUCACCCGCACUUGAAACGGCCAUCUUAGCAGUCGUCAGCUGCGUGUCCAUUCAUCCAGACUCGUCUUUGUUUGUAAUGUUUGGCUAGAAUGCUGCAUCUUCAAAAGUAUUUGGAUUUCCCUCCUGUUUUUCCUUUGCUGGCUAUCCUUCUGUCCUGAAGAGAUGAAACCGUGCUUAAAUGCUGCAUUUCUGUCAAAGGCCUUACUGGCCAGGGAGGAUGAAGACACCACUGGGACAGAUAAGACGUCACAGGGUUCAGAAGGCUCUGGAUAUAGAGAAAUUGCCUCUCUUUGACCAAAGCUUUUUUGUGUGUUUGAAGGGAAUAAAGUAGGAUAGGAGUUAGAAGUUAUAUAUUUUCUAUACAUUUGAAUGUAGCAUGAUGUUACGGAUGUGCAAGUCACACACAAGUAAAUUUUCAUUAUGAGAUCUCGCCAACAGCUAAAUUUCCUGCCAUCUGAGUCAGUCUGUCCUUUUGAAACUAAAGCCUUCUUUCAGGUAGCAGUGUGCCAGCACUGGUUACAGCUGCUUAACAGUGGGACAGUCUGGUAUGAUCAAUCAUGCAGUUGAAGAACAGUUCAGGCUAGUUCAAGUGAUUCCUAGAUCUCUAGAUUAUUACUUAAUUCAUUCUCCGAAAGACAGGUAUCUAAUAUAAAGCUUUCUCACCAUUUUUCUAAGCCCUUACCACCUGGUUUGAAAACCCACUUCUUAGCACAGUUCUAACUUGUAAAAGCUGCUGGGAUGGAUAACAAGACAGCUCCACCUCUCUGGAUGCUCCUAGAAGAGCUGAGCUUUCCUAAGCCUGUGAGAUGAUAUACAUGUACCCCUUAGAAUGAGGCUUGUUUGAGACAAGAAGUCUGCUAGUGCAGAGACUUUUUGUCCAGCUGAAGAAAAGCCACUGGUGUGUACCUAAGCUGAACAGUUUGACAAGUGUUUGGGGGGAGGAGGGAAUGGCCUAUUAGGUUUAUAGUUCUUUUUUAAACAAAGACCUAAUACUAGAAAAGAUGAUCUAGUUAAAAGAUCUAUUAAUGGCCCAAACUAAGUCUUUGCUUAACAUCAGAACUGGGGUGCCUCUGGUUGUUGCUAAUUAAUGUCUUAUACCAAUUAAGGAUUCAGUCACCAGUAACCCUUAAGUGCUUUGGGGUAUUUAGACAAAAAGUGUCUGUUCCAAAUAAUCUUUGUCCACAAAUGUCUUAAUUCAGGUAAAACAAGGUGGUAGGAAAAUUACUGUGAAAGUGGUCAUGAGAUUUUACUGCAAUCAAUCAAUGCAAACAAUUGGGAUAACAUCAUUUUAUCAAUCGACUUUUUUAACGUUUACACAAUAAAUUGUUUUUAUUUUA